AAAGUGAAGGUGGUUGGAGGCGAGUAGCUCACGGCGAGUCGGUAACUCGCUAGCGUGACUGUAAGUCGUGUCGCGUUCGUGCCCGUUCCCGUGAUGUACAGGUGGUGGUUGGUGGUGGUGCUGGCGGCAGGCGCGACGGCGGCGGGGACCCGUCUGCCGCGGACGUCUCAGCCUGCGCCUUCUCCCGCGCCCUCUUCGGCAACUCGAUUGCCCCAAAGGAACUUUACAAUUUCAUCCCGUUCUUCCGUUAGAAACAGAGAACAAUACAUAUUUAAUGUUUUCGAGGUCAUCGUUAGUACCUUAGAAACUAAACUGCAAAGAAUUGAAAAUCUUGACAAAGCAGUGGAACACCUUAUGAGAAGAGUAGAAGCGUUAGACUCGAGAGUCAACGAUAAUAUUCAUAAAACCGAUGCCAUUAUAUCAAAGUUGGGAAAUUUAGACUUUAAGUUGUUCAGUCAAUUGACACAAAGUGAAGAAGAAAAUACAACUGAGAAAACUAACAAAAAAACAAGCGAAAAUAAACUUAGCAAUGCACAAAUACUUGACAAAAAGUUAGAAUCGUUAGAUCAAAAAGUUUCAGACAUUGACUCUAAACUAGUAGGAUUAAAAACACAAAUAGAUAAUAACUUUUUACCUGUCGACGAUAUUAAUGCUGAAGCUAGUGAAAAGAAACCCAUUAACCUCAAUGUGAUCGAAAUAGCGAAGAGUCUUAACACGGAAGUAAUUAAUGAAAUUACCAAAGAAGUUGAUCAAUUGAGAUCUUCAAUGUCGACAGUAGACCGUAAAUUACAAUUCCAUAUAAAUCUUGUAUCAGAAAACCUUGGCAAAGUUCUUUACAUGAUGGCAGAUGUUCACACAGCAAUAGUUGAGCCUGAAUCUGCCUCCAUAAACGUCAAUAACAUAUUUAAAAAUCGUACUGUUACUAGUACUUCUUCCCCAGUAGCAAAACCUAGUAAAAUUGAUACCCUGGUAAAUAAAAUUAUCCCUAUGAUGAGUGUUUCUGAAAAAAUGGAUGAAGUGUGGGACGUGGUCGUUGGUACGAAGAGUUCAGUGGAUGAUUUAGUGCCCAAAUCAGACGAACUUCUAACGCAAACGCAGAGACAAGAACGCGCUAUUGGUCAAAUUCAUAAUGAUUUACGAGUGAAAACAAAUCUUAUUAUUGAAAAUUUGGAUAUGGUUGAAAAACGCCUCAAGAAACAAGAAGAUGAUGUAGCAACAUUAGCCCAAAGACCAGUGCCCGCCGAACUGUUACUGGAUCCAACAAUAGAUAGACUAGUUGAAUACGCGCCGAAUAGGUAUAAAGUUGAUGAGCCGUCUACAGAUCCAAUCACUACUGUUGCAUAUACUACCCCUACACCGGUUACAGGAAACAACAGUGAUGUCACAUACAGUCCGAGCAGUCCGAGCAAUGCAAGCGCAAGUCCAACGAGCACCACAAUAACAGUAACGCCAACAAGCACUGGCAGUAGCGCAGGCCCUACCAGUCCGCGGCCGACGAGCCGUAAGGGCGGCAUCAUCUUUCCAAGUGUGAAGAAUAAACCUAUCAUCGGGAAUAACACAUUCGCUUCCGAAAUUGUUGCCAACUAUAAAGACGUUAAAGGUUACUCUUGUGUGGACCUCUGGAACGCUGGUAUGAGAGAAUCAGGAGUAUACUAUCUGCAGAUUAGGGGUACCACAUACUGGUUUUUAAAGGUUUUCUGCGAACAAAACGUUGCUGACGGAGGAUGGACGGUUAUACACCGCCGUGACGAUUUUGGGGUCCCGGCUGAAAAUUUCAAUCGUGAUUGGAGCGAUUACAAAAAUGGUUUUGGUGAUCCUAGCAAGGAAUUCUGGCUGGGCAAUGAAAACAUAUACAUGCUGACUAACAAUGAUGACUACAUGCUCCGCGUAGAACUUGAAGAUUUUGAUGGUAACAAAAGGUACGCACAGUAUUCGCACUUCAAGAUAUAUUCAGAAGCGGAAUACUAUAAACUUGAAAUAGAUGGAUAUGAAGGCAAUGCUGGCGAUUCGCUAAAUGAUCCGUGGUAUGGAUCCAACAACAGUCCUUUCUCUACUUACAACAGGGAUAACGACAGGUCUUCGUUAAAUUGCGCCUCAAUGCUGAAGGGCGGCUGGUGGUGGAAAUCUUGUGGGCGCGGCCUGAAUGGUCUUUACCUGCACGAUCCUCAAGAUCUGACUGCACGGCAAGGAAUCGUAUGGUUCCGCUGGCGAGGCUGGGACUACACUCUGAAGCGGGCGUCCAUGAUGAUCAAGCCCAAAGGCCUGCAACCCAAUACAUGAUCGCCUAAAAA